CGCACUUUAUUCUGUAAAUUUAACUGGCUAGGUCUCUACGGGUACCGCCCGACUGCCAGAAGCCUCCAAUUCGCUGCCUCUGAAAUCAUCCCAUCUUUUUAUUUUUUUGAAUCCCAGCACUAUUUUUCUUUUUUUGCUUUCGUCACUUUGAAGUGUAAAACAGCUAGAGCGUCCAGUGUGACAACAAAACUUUUAUGUUCGUUAUAGGAAGGUGUAAACAGUGCAAGGUAAAGAAAAUAAAACUCUUUGAAAAAAUAAAGGAAUCAUGAAAGAAAGAGAAUGGUUUCAUUGUUGGUAACUUGUGUAUUCGUGUUUUGUUUGUGUAGAAAAGUGGUCGAUUAAAGAACGACAGCGCAUCGUACGCUUGGUCUGCUGCACGGUUAUGUCAUAAUAUAUGGGUAGAAGGCCUCAUCGAUGGUAAUGGUGCAACAACGAUGAAGACCACGAAAAACGGAUUCGCGUCUGUAAUUCAGAAUCGCGGUCACCAUACGAAUAGCAAUAGUAGCCGGCACGCGAUUUCUACGCGUUGGCAACUCAACCCUAGUCGUCAGGGACAACACGAACAGCACCAAUUAUCACGAUCAUCGAUUUCUGGAUCUCGGCGGGCAACGACAUGCCAACAAACAUGGUUAAUACCAACAAUACAACAACAACGAAGAUACUCUACACGUGUCGCCGGUACGACGAGACAUCAUUCUCGAAAGCUACGAUCAGCAGAAGAUAUAGCCACAGAUCGCGAAAUGGUACUUGCGGCUGCUUUGGAACAAUCGUCUGCGUCGACAGUGCACUCGUUGCUCGACAUUAUGUUUCAAGCCUUACGUCAAGUCAAAAACCCAAAGUUGGCUUGGGAAUGCUACACAGAUCUGACGUCGCGAAACAUGCAGCACUGCUUAACACGGGAUCAAUACCGCGAUUUGAUACGGCUGUUUAACCAUAAAUCAAACCAUAAACAAGGCCUGGAAUAUGUACUGACACUCGCAGACGACAUGGCAGCGCUUGGGUACCGCAUUGGUCGCAGAGAAAAAAUUUCCAUUAUGCGAUUGUUGGGAAUGAACGGCAAGCUGGACGAAAUGGAACAGGUGUUCCUCGAUUUGAAAGAAGAGCAGAUGCUGCUCGUGGACGACGAUGCGCAAAAGCCAUUCAAUACUAUGUUCGACAUGUACCAGAUGCACAAAGAUGUUAUGGGUCCCGUAUGCGUUGCAGAAAAGUCCUUGGAUAUUUACGGGAAAAUGAUCGAGCUUGGUGUACGGCCCAGUCCGUCUGCCACUCGAUUGCUCAUGGAAAACGUACGCGGUGGUGGCAACGGCUACGAUCUAGUCGAGGCGGUGUGGUCAUGGUUUUGGAACAAAGUGGGUAUGAACGUUGGCGGCAAAACGGUUGAUUUGGAGCCAUCACUUUACCGGGAAAUGGUCUUGUACUUUGCCAGCGCAGGUCGUGCAGAAUAUGCGCUCGAGGUCAAUGAUCUGAUGGUAAAAAAGAAAAUCAAGCGGGACGUGCGGGUUGGUACGGCGUUAAUACACAAGGUCGGCCGUAGCGGCAACAUAGAACGGGCCAUGGAGAUCUUUGAUGAAUUGACGCGGAUCGAUGGCGUCGAGCCAACGAUUGUCACGUUUAACGCGCUCAUCGACAUUCAUGCACACAAGUCACCUGAGCCGGACAUUGAAGGUGCAAGUCGCGCGUACGCAAUGCUGCAAGAGUAUGGUUUGAAGCCGGAUAUCGCAACGCUCGGCCCAUUGAUCGACAUGUUUGCCAAAAAGGGUGAUACUGAUAUGGUGCGACGACUGUUUCGCGAUCUGAUCGGCAACCAGAAUCUCAAACCCAACCAGCACAUUUACUCGUCCGUAAUAGAAUGUUUUUUGAAGCACGACGACAAGGUGGCGGCACUCCAGGUCUUGAAGAGCAUGCGCAAUACACGUGGCAACAGUGGUGCACUGGCGAAUCAAGUGACGUACAACUUGAUGAUACGAUCGUUCAUCCGCAACAACUACAUGAAAGGUGUACUCGAUUUGAUAGACUUGAUGGUCGAUGCAAAGCUGCGGCCAGAACCAAGAACGUUUACUCCACUGCUCGGUCUCCUUGCUGACCAAGGCAACGUCGUGGGAGCUAACAAGGUGGUGAAAAUGAUGGGCAAUAUCGGCACACGGACGAACGUGUUCACGAACACGGCAUUGCUCGAGGCACAUACCAAGGCUGGCGACCUACGAGGCGCAGAACGGUUGUUCCAGAAGAUGGUGCAGAAACAUCGACUCAAUACCCAAGUUUACAACGUCCUGAUGCACGGCUACAUAAAGAAAAAUGAAAUGGAUAUGGUGCUGGCUACCUAUCGACAAAUGCUCAAAUCCUUUGUUGGCGUGAACGAGUAUACCUAUGGCAUUUUGAUGUACUACUUUUCGCGCCGAAAAGAACCCAAGGCUGUCGAGUCGCUUCUGGAUACGAUGAAGAACAACAAUAUCGAGCCCCGCGUGACCUGUUGGACUAUUCUUAUGCAGAGCUAUUUUGAAGCCGAGCGCUUUGAAGAUGGGUUCCGUGUGUAUGACCGGAUGAAGCAAGCUGGCAUCAAGCCGAAUUACGUUACUUACAGUCUGCUGGUAGCAACGUGCGUACGCUCAGGCGACAUUGAACUAGCCGAAUCUAUUGUCGCCAAUGCGAUUGAUCGACAAGAGAAAUACAAAGACGAUAGUCAUGAAGCUUUGGCAGAUGCGCGCAUUGUAGCCUCAUCUGAAGCUUAUACUAGCAAUCUACCGACUUUGGUUGACGACUUGUUGAAGAAGCGCAAAGAACAGCAGCUUCCCGAAUCCAAGCUCCCGCCCCAUCUGUUCGCCCCACUUAUCAGUGCAUAUACAGAUCGACUCCAGUUUACAGAAGCCAAGCGCAUCUUUCGCCAAAUGAGGGACCUGAACGUUGUGGUCAGUACGGCUGUCUAUGUAUCGCUGAUGAAGAUGUACCAAAAGGAAGAACGGCUGGAUAUUGUGGAACAAAUGUGGCAGCACCUGCGCACGCGUGAAACUGAUGCUGUUCACAUGGCCGACCUGGACCCUGAAAUCGGAAGCAGCAUACCAUUGCCAAUAGCAGUCAAGGAUUACAGCGAUUUGUUGUUCGCCAGAGACGACAAGGCAAUUACUACUCCUCUUCAGCUUUCUCCUUCCGAAACAUCUGACACAGUUUCUCCAUUUGCUGUUUCCCUCUAUAUCGAUACACUGGCCGAACAAGGACGGUUUGACGCUAUUGAACAGCUUUGGGCCGAACUGACAGCUGAGCAGUAUCCAUUCGACGAUCACAACUGGAAUCGAUACCUCGCAUCACUCGCAGAAGCCGGUAGAGCCGAGCAAGCGUCUGCCAUGGCACAAAAGUACUUCAUCGAGCAACAAGAGCAUGCUCCACAAUAUACACGUAGUGGUGACAGCCUAGCCACAAUUCAACAAGAGAGACAGCUCCACAAGCGGACAAUUGAAGCUUUAGCCAAAGUGCUGGAUAUAGAUGCGGAUAGCUUGACUGACAGGCAACUGUAUGAUGCUGUUCUUGGCACUCUUGAAGAACCACUCCAUGUAAACUAAUCAUCCCACUACCACCGUCAUUAUCAUUACCACGCACUUGCCAUUCUAUGCAAAACCACACCACCACAUCUAUUCUCAUUAACAUUUUUAUAAACCCACACACAUCACCACACCUACUCUCUUUUCUGUCCGCGUCCCUCUACGUUAUUUUGCUCGCAAUAAUCUCACGUAGUUUAUAUCAAACACCGUGUACAUAUAUAUAAUUAUACUAUAUAGAAAAAGUAUAAAAUAUAAUCAGAUUUGAUGCAACUUGCAAACA